GAUCCUAUCAGCAUGUCUUACAGCUGCUUCCCUGGAAACUUCACCUCCACCAACUGUGGGGACCAUCUGCAGUACUCAGGUGCCUCCUAUGGAUCUUCCCAACAGGGCAACCUGUUCCACAGCACCAGCGUCUGCUCCCCCCGGCCCUCUCUCCAGGGCUUCUCUCUCCAGGGAGGCUGUCAAGAGACCUUCCACCAGCCCACCAGAUGCCAGACAUCCUAUGUAGCAUCCAGGCCUUGUCACACAUCCUGCCACCGCCCAAGCAUCUCCACCUGCUAUGGCUCCGGCCAGUCGACGUUUGCUGGCUCUCUGGGCUUUGGGUCCAGCAGCUGCCACUCUCAGGGCUACGGAUCCGGAAGUUCUCAGGCCCUGAGCUGUGGCUCCAGUGGCUUCAGACCCCAGAGCUUCGCUUCCCAGGGCUAUGGCUCUGGAUUCUGCCGCCCAGCCUACUUGCCUUCUAGGCCCUGCCAGUCCUCCUGUUACAGACCGUCCUGCGGAUCUGGGUCUGGCUGCUAUUGA